AAAAAGGAAAUUACAGAACGUGAUGGUGCAAAGUGGUAGAGAGGCAGUACAGCACUGGAUUACCAUACACCUGAUGUGUGAGUGUGUGGUGCAUCACCACCUGAGCUGAGCAGCACAGAGGCAGAAAGAAGCAGAGAAGGAAGGAGACAUUUAAGGAGCAGGUGAGGAGGGUGGAGUUGAGACAACACUGACGGUGGAUCGUGGGCAAACAGAGAGCAGCACAUUGAUCCCCUGAGCCUGACAUUGCCUGAGAAACACAAGACAAUGAAGAGCUGAACAGCACACUGCUGAACCUUCACUCUACAUUCAGCUGGGACUGGGAGGAUGUGUGAAAAGUGCCUGAUUUCAUAAAGAAGGGAAACAUGAGCCAGUAAUAAACAGGACCUGACAUUUUCUUUGAAGAAGAAGAAGAAAUUGAAGCUCAGAAUGUCGUUAUCAGAAGCAGACUACCGCUGCGACCAUGGAGAUACCAUCUGUGAGAUCCGUGUUUAUGAGCAGGAGGUGAUCAUUGUGCCCGUCCUGCUGCUGGCCAGCUUCCUGGUCACUCUGGUCUUCAUUUUGCUGUUGCAUUUCUGUCCGGAGAAAGUCGACCGGAUCCGUCCACAGUCGUCAAAGUCCACCACCAGGAGAAUACUGCAUGGUAUAGAUGCUCCACCAGGUAUCAAUGUCCUGGAGCAUGAAAGCAUCGCUUUGGACAUGUCCAACUCCUACUCCACCUUCAGUCCCCCGACCACCUACAACUCGAAGAGCCUCUCAGUGUCUAUGAGGUCAUCCACUCUCCCGCCUGAGCCUUCACUGCAGCCCUUUAAGGCCAGUUUCACUCCUGUGGCCCAGCCCAGGGAGUUGCCCCGCCAGAGGCUGCCUGAGUCCUUCAACCUGGUCAGCGCGCUGCCUGCUGCCUUCAGCCUGCGCACCGACUCCUCUGUGUCCCUCUACAGGGCUCGCAUGGAAAACAGGAAUGUGGUUCUCCGGGUUCUGAAUGACACUGCUGACGCUGAAGAGAGACACAACUUCUUGGGUUUUGCAUCCUUCCUGGCCCAGCUUGGCCCUCAUCCAUUCCUGCCAGAGCUUCUCGGCGUGGUCUCCCUGCGAGCUCCUCUGGUCACCGUGGUGGAGGAGCUGGAGAACAGAGACCUGCUCAGCUUCCUGUGGAAAUGCAGACAGGAAAAUGUGGAUGCUCCGUGUGAAAUGACUGAGAGAAGAAUAUUUACAAUGGCCAAACAGGUGGCCUCAGCACUGGAGUUCCUUCACAGCAAAGAUCUUCUCCAUGGAAACAUUCGCGCCCGCAGCGUUCUGGUCAGCAGGGAGUUCACGGCCAAGCUUUGGGGUCUGCAUGGAGUCUACACGAGGAAGAACCAGGGACCCAGUCACAGAGAGGAUCCCAGCAUGAAGAAGUGGCAGGCACCAGAGGUUUUAGCCAGGAAGCCUGCCAGUAACAGCAGUGACAUCUGGUCGUUUGGCAUCUUACUGUUUGAGAUGGCAACACUGGGUGAGGCUCCAUUUUCAGAAAUCCCCGUUACUGAACUUCUACAAUUUCAUCAAAGAGGAAAAAGUCUGAAGAAACCUUCCAACUGCUCAAACACACUGCACUCCAUCAUCAAAAGCUGCUGCCAGUGGAAGGAUCAGGAUCGACCCUCACUGGCCGACGUGAGCAAGAAAGUGGCGUCAGGAGAGAAAGUAGCUUCUGACAAAGUCCUCAAGGUGCCUGGAACAGUGAACAUCGAGCACUACCUGCAGGAAGCAGGAUAUGGGGAAGCCAACAACUACACAGUUUUCUAAUCACUGCCUGUAACAGGAAAA